AUGGCAUCUUAUUCUCUUCCUUCGUUCUUCUCUGCAAAUGGAAGACGUGCUCCUUUAUUCCUUCCCAACAAACCUCCCAAAACCCUCAGCCUCAUCCGAGUUCAUAGCUUCCAAGACGAAGGGAGAUAUACCAUAGUGGACGAGAACAUGAGCGUGUUGAAGGAGAGGAUGGAGGUAGUGAAGGUGAAGGAGAAAUUAGAGAGAUGUUGCAGAUGUGAAAAUGGCUGGAAUUAUCAUCAUCAUCACAACUACAAACAAAACCUUAAUCUUGGAUAUGAUUCAUAUUAUUGGUUGGUUUUUGGGACUGUUGGAUCAACUUGUCUCUCUGGAACACUCCUCCUUUGCCUUCUUUCCCUAUUUGUUCAUCUCCAUUCAUUUUUACCCUUUAAUUAAUUAUCAGGUACGUACAGUGUAUAUGAUGAUGCUGUGCUAUAUACAUAUAGCACAACAUUAUUUUUUUAUUUAUUCUUAUGUUCAUUAUUUUCAAACUCUUGAGUUGA